AUGAAGCUCCUCUUUCCUAUCUUUGCCAGUCUCAUGCUACAGUCCCAGGUGACCACAGAAUUACUUGGCUUGAAAAAAUGUUUGAUGGGUCUAGGAACAUGCAAAGACCACUGUGCUAUAGAUGAAAAAGAGGUACAGAAAUGCAAGAAGAAGAAAUGCUGUAUUGGGCCAAAAGUGGUUCAAAUGAUAAAAGACUAUUUAAUAAGUGAAAUGGCCAACACAUUUAAUGAUAACUCCAAAGAAUUGCCAAAUCCUAUGAAGGAUUCUAAUGUCAUACAAGCAAAAUAUCAUCUUGCAUCUCUCCUCCAAAUCAAAAGUUCCAAGCCUUUUGCUGACAUCAUUACCUCAAAAUCAAACUCUGGGAAGUCGGCCGCUGCCAAGCCCAUGAUCUCAGGAAAAAUUACAUACACCAAGAGUGAUGCCAAAGACAGCAGAGAUUCAGUUUCUGACUAUCCACCCACGUUAGACCUUGAUAACACAAAACUGGAAGAAGCAUAUGAUAUGAACUGUGGAUCUUUCCCUUAG